GUGCAUUGACGUUGUCACAGUUUACAAUUCCGCUAUUUAUCACAAUCGAACAUAAAUAAGUGUUUAAUAUCUAAUAAAAACUAUACACUUGAGGCUUAGAAGAUGAACCACAUAUCCGUUAAUAUUAAAGAGUUAAAGCCUUAUGCGAGACUGUCAAACAAUACGACUAAAGUUGGCAACCAGGAGAAGGAUGAUGAUAUCAAAAUUCCUCUAAGUACACAGAACGCUGUGAAAUAUCUUUUGCAAGGGACUCUUAGGCUUAGGGUUUGUAGGUACUGCCUGCACGUCUCAAACAAACUAUCUGAAUUUGAUGAGGUUCUCACUUUGGCGGUAAGCGGAGCUCUGCAUGAGGUCACAAUCAGGGAUAUAGUUGCAAGCUUUCAUCCUUAUAAGGUGGCAGUUGAUGCAAACUUUCCAAAUAAAAUAUGCAAUGAAUGUGUAAACAGAGCUAUUAGCUGCUAUUUAUUCACACAACAAUGCGAAAGGGCUGAACGAGCAAUACGUAACUGUUUUGACGAUGUAUACAAUAAUUUUGAAAAGCUGGAUUCUUUGGAACCUGUCAAGAAAAGGGGAAAACGUAAACUCCACCCAAACCACAACAUCAUUUAUGCAGAGCAUGUGGAUGUUAUGGAUUAUGCUGAACCUGUCAUAAACAUUGUAAAUAUUACUACUGAGAAUUCUGUGCAAAGUCUUGAUAAAAUGAGUGAGCUUGAAUGCCAGAAAUGUUGGCAAGUGUUACCAAGCAAAGAACUGUUAUUGAAUCACGAGAACUCGCAUCCAAAAAGCAUGUGGUUUAAUUGCAGAUUGUGCGGAAAAUCAUUUGUCAAACGCUCCCAGCUUAGGAAACAUAUCAAAGAUGCACACAAAUACAUUGAUGAUACUAGCCAAGAGAAUCAAAAUGAAGGCUUCAAAUGUAAAGAAUGUGGUUUAGAAAAUAAAUCACUUGGUGAACAUUUCCAGCAUAUUGAAAAACAUAAAUUCAAAUUAUUGCUCAAUUCAUUGAUGCAACGGAAAGAUGAUUCAUUGUGUACUGUUUGUUUGGAUAAAAGUUCUCGUUUAACGAAUCUGGCUGACACUGUUCAUCUUCAUGGAGGUUAUUCUGGAUUAACUGGCGAUAAGAGUAUCAAGAAUAUUUUAACUGUUACAGUUCCAGGAAUCAACCUUGACACCUACACGGGAAAUAAAAUAUGCGAUAAAUGUUAUAACCACGCUAUAUCCUCUUAUAUUUUCGUUGUCAAGAUUCACCACGUGAGAAGUAGAUUAAAUACUUGUAUUAGUGAAAUGCUAGAUAGACUUAGUACUAUCGGUGAUUCUAAUAAGAAUCUAAUGGUAGAAAUAUCGCAAGAUACUAUACUACCAAUGUUGAAAUUAGAUGAACUUGAAGAAACAUCCGAGAAUGAUGAUGAAUCAAAAGUUGAUGUUUUAGAAGAUGAAUUCAGAAUAUCCGAUUCAGAAAGCUAUGAUUCAAGCAAUAGCGACAAUAACGAUUAUUCCCGUAGCUUACUCGACAAGCCCCUUUACAAUCAAACUAAAAACGAUAGCAUAUCACUCGAUUAUGAUACACCUCUGUAUAAUCCGGCCAAAAACGUAACAAGAACGUACACAAAAAAAAAGUUAGUCAACGGCUACCAAAAUGAAAUUGACACCAAUAUUUUCAAAGAUAUUUGCAGUGAAUUCUUAACGUUCAACAAGAAGCUCAAAAGGCCAAAACACGUACCCAAAUAUAGAUACACAUGCCCCUUAUGUAAUAAACACUUCAUAUCUGAAUAUUUCCUUAAAAAGCACAUAUUAAAACACACGCAGAGAAAUGUUCAAUGCAAUAUAUGUUUGAAUAUAUUCAAAUCGAAGUUCUAUCUCUUUGAGCAUAAAAAAAUGGAACACGUGUUGAAAUUGCAAACAUUUAUUACGUGCAAGGUUUGCGGUAGGAGGUUUAGUAAUGUGAAACAAAUGAAACAGCAUCGAAAGAGUCACAGGACAAAAGAUUGCCAAUUAUGCGAUAAAUUAUUCGUCUCCCAGCAGCAUUACGACGUUCACAUGCAAAGACACGCAGUCAAAUUCAACGCGUGCCGAAACAAACAUGUUCAGACAUGCAGUUUCUGCGAGAAGCCGUGCUCAAACGAAAACGAACUCUCUCUGCAUGUAAAUAAGGUGCACCUUCAAAUAAAACCGUACAGCUGUGACAUGUGCGAUAGACAGUUUUACACGGAAACCAAUCUGUCCAGUCAUAAAAAGCUCCACAGUUUGUUUUCGAAGGAAUCGUGUGCGUUCUGUUGUAAAACUUUUAAAUGCCGUAAACAUUUAGUCAUUCACGUUAGGAAACAUAUAGGUAUGAAACCACAUUCAUGUCCAGUUUGCAGACAGUGCUUCUAUUCCGAUAAUUACUUAAAGAAACAUAUGAAGGUCUUCCACGGUGGCAUAUAUUCUUGUAGACUGUGCAGAACGGUGCUGCCUAGUCAACUUGAGCUAAAGUCACACAUAAACCUAAUGCAUAGUUCUAUGUAGCAUUUACUACAGUUUAACCGAGUUAUAGAUAUUUAUAUAGGGUUAUAUAUUUUUUUAUUAAAGUCUUUAAUUUCCCGUGGCAAUACCAAAUACAUAUAUACAUUUAAAAUGCAUGUAAAAAGGCAUAUGAUAUUUUCGGCAUCGGUGAUAUGAGACAGAAUCCUUUAUUCUUAUCUUAUAGUAUUGAAUUGUGUAUCUCUAAUACGACAGAACUCAAUAUAAACUCGAAUAUCA